AUGUCUCUACAGCGGGUUGCCCGUGUGGGUGUUCGACACCUGCGCUUCGAUGGCUUGGGACGCCCCAGUCGUGUGAUUGGCAUUGAGAACCAGCUUCGCCAGCUCACCCUAUCUAGCAAGCCUCAGCCCUCAGUCCCUGCCGUCGCGACUGUGUCCAGUCUUAUCUCCCAGUACUCUCGAUCAUUUGCGACAAAUUCUGACACUACCAAAACCACUAAGCGCAAGAGCUCGAAGACGACAAAGAAGAAGCCAGCUCCCAAGAAGAAGGCGUUGACCGAAAAGCAGAAAGAGCAGAAGGAAAAGAAGAAGGAGGCAGAGCAUAUCAAGCAGCUCAAAGAAACCGCUCUGGUCACCCCCAAGAAGCUCCCAGACCGGGCCUAUAACUUGGCCUUCCCUCAGGUCUAUGCCUCGAUCAGACCACAUGAACCAUCUCACAAGGAAGCUUUUGCGAAAACAAUCGUCAAGCUGAAGGAAAUGCCGCAGUAUGAGCUAGAGCAAUACAAAACCCAAGCGGAGGCGAAUCGCGCUGCCAACGAGGCCGCCUAUGAGGCCUGGCUGAAGACUUUCACUCCUCUUCAGAUCAAGGAUGCCAACAUUGCUCGCCGUGCUUUGGGCCGUCUGCGGAACAAGACGCGGGUCCAUCUUCUGAAGGACGAUCGUCUGGUGAAGCGCCCCAUGAACGCUUACAUGCAAUUCCAGAUUGAGCGCCGAUCUGGCGGCGACUUUAUGCACCUCCGCAUCGAUGAGACUUCCUCCCGCAUCAGCGAGGAGUGGAAGAAUAUGACCGAGCGUGAGCGAGAGCCUUAUGAGCAAAAAGCUCGUGACGACCAUGCGCGAUACGUGCGCGAGCACCUGGAGGUGUACGGCGAGCCCAGCCCAUUGACCACCAAGCCCGGUUCACGCACUUAA